AUGAGUCAAAGAAUAUCGAAGAAGUCUCUCAUCUCGAAUGAGAGUAUUCUUUAUGAAUUAAAUGAUUAUGAUCGUCAGCGAAAGACGCAAACAUUGAUCGAAGACGAUCGUCUACAAUGUAUUCCUGCAGAUCCCGUUCUCAAAAGUCUUUCGUGUCCGAUUUGUCUCGACUUGUUCAAUCGAACAAUGGUCACCACCACUUGUUUGCAUCGUUUUUGUGCUGAUUGUAUUUAUCGUUGGCUUAAAUCAGAGAAUAAAGUAUGUCCAACAUGUCGAAAAGUGCUCAAAUCAAAACGUUAUUUACGAUCGGAUAUUCGUACUGAUUCGUUAGUCGAUAUGAUUAAAAAACAACAGACUAUUAUGCGUCACAAUAAUAGUUCGUCUUGGUUGCAAACAAACCGAACGAUGAUCGACGAGUAUUGUAAUAUGAAUAUACCCGCUGAUUACGAUUUGCAUUGGCUUAUUGCCCAUGCCGUAUUGGCAUUGACAGGAUUAUUCUACGCACUUCUUGGUUAUCGUUGGUGGCGGUUGACGAUGUUCAUCACCUCAUUUGGCUUAGGCUCUUUAUUUCUUUAUAUUAUUCUCUCCACACAGCCAACAAUGAAUGAAUCGCAAUUACUAGGCGUGUCGUGUUCAAUUGCAACUUUAUUUGGUUUAAUUGGCGCACUCCUACAAUAUGUCGGUCUAUUCAUCAAUGGAUUUUGCUUUGGUUUAACCCUCUCGAUCACCACAUUUAUCUCAUUAGACAUGAAAAAUCGAGCUAACGGUGUCUCCACGUCAUUCUGGUUGCCCAUCGGUUUAAUUUUACUCUUAGGCUUAAUUUGUGCAACGCUAACAUUACGUUUUCAAAAGACAAUGAUCAUCAUCACGUCAUCAUGUUUAGCUGGUGUAUGUCAAAUACUUGUAUUAGAUUAUUUUCUUCAAUCAUCUGUUUUGCUUCACUUUGUUCAUAAACGCUUACUGUUCGAACCGACACCGACAUUAUGCUUACGACAUUGGUUAAUUGCAUUGAUAUUGCCGGUCAUCAUGUGUUUCGGUAUUGUUAUACAAUUUUCCUGUACGGGAAGAAAUUAUGAUCAUCGGGAUUCAUGGCAAAGAGCGAUCAGUGCCGGCAAGAAACGAUAUAAAACAGCAAAUUUAAAACGAAUUCGUCGCCAUUAUAAUCAAGAUACACUUCGCGAGCAUAUUAUUCCAGAUGAAAGUAAUCGAUUUCGUUAUUUUUAUCAUAUCAGACGGGCGCAUGGUGACGCACUUUCGUCGGAUUUUAUACAAAAUGUAAGACAACAGAAUUCAGCUGCAGUUCGUUUGACAACUAAUCAAAACAGUAAUAAUAAUAAUAAUAAUGAUCCUAGUCAACCAAUUGUAUCAACAACCAAUACAACAAACGCUGUAGCAUCAGCACGAACAGAUAAUGACAGUACCACGACAACAUUAACUCAUUUGAUUUGA